GCCUGAAAUCUGCUUGGAUAACCCAGCAGAGCCAUUUGUCCUUUUGGAAUAGGGCAAAUAGUGUAUGGCAGCAGGAAUCCAACCAGGGCCCUAGAGCACUGAGGCAGAGAGAGGAGAGUAGAGUAGAUGAGAAGCAGGAGAUUGCUAAAAUCAGCAUUCAAGUUGGCUCCCAAUUCUUGGUGAAACUCCCAGAGGGAGAGGAGACCUUUAAGUCAUGAAAUUAACUGCUGUCCUUUUCCUUUGCUCCAGGCUGCUACUAAGUUUAACCCAGGAGUCCUUGCAAGAAAUUGACUGCAAUGAUGAGGAUGUAUUUAAGGCUGUGGACACGGCUCUGAAGAAAUAUAACCAAGGGAACCAAAGUGGCUACCAGUUUGUGUUGUACCGCAUCAUGGAGGUCACCAAGACGGAUGACCCUAACACAUUUUACUCCUUCAAGUACCAAAUCAAGGAGGGUGACUGUCCUGUUGGAAGUGGCAAAACCUGGCGGGAAUGUGACUACAAAGACCCAGAGCAAGCUGCCACAGGAGAAUGCACAGCAACCAUAGGGAAGAGAGAGAAGGACGGGAAGACGCUAUUCUCCGUGGCUACCCAGACCUGCCAGAUUACUCCAGCCGAGGGCCCUGUGGUGACAGCCCAGUAUGACUGCCUUGGCUGCUCGCACCCCAUACCGACUGGGAGCCCGGACUUGGAACCUGUUCUGCAACACGCCAUUCAACAUUUUAACAACAACACUGCUCACUCCCACCUCUUUGUUCUUAGAGAAGUGAAAAGGGCUCAAAGACAGGUGGUGGCUGGAUGGAACUAUGAUAUCACUUACUCAAUUGUGCAAACUAACUGUUCCAAGGAGAAUUUUCUAUUCUUAACUCCAGACUGCAAGUCCCUUUUGAAUGGUGAUAUUGGUGAAUGUACGGAUAGAGCGCACGUGGAUAUUCAGCUAAGAAUCGCUUCCCUGACCCAGAGCUGUCACAUCAUUCCAGCGGAGGAUUUUGUACAACCACCUCCCAAGAUUUGCCCUGGCUGCCCCAUAGAUAUACCUGUCAACAGCCCGGAGCUGGAGGAGCCUCUGAAUCAUUCCAUUGCAAAGCUUAAUGCAGAGAAUAAUGGAACUUUCUAUUUCAAGAUCGACACUGUGAAAAAAGCAACAGUACAGGUAGUGGCUGGACAUAGAUUUUCUAUUGAGUUCACAGCCACGGAAACCACAUGUUCCAAGGAAAAUAAUGAAGAGUUGACCAACAGUUGUGAGACCAAACAAUUUGGACAAAUUCUAAACUGUAAUGCUGAUGUUUAUUUGAUACCUUGGGAGAAAAAAAUUUACCCUACUGUCAACUGUCAACCACGAAGAGAGAUCUCAAUGCUGAAAAGGCCUCCAGGUUUUUCACCUUUCCGAACAGCACAAGUAAUGGAAACAGAAGAAGGAACAACUGUAAGUCUACCCAACACUUCCGUGGCACCCAUACAAGAUGAAGAGCGGGAUUCGGGAAAAGAACAAGGACCCAGUCGUGGGCGUGGCUGGGGUCAUAAAAAGCAAAUAAAACAUGGCCUUGGCCAUGGUUAUAUACAUGAGCAUGACCAAGGCCAUGAGCACCAAAGGGGACGUGGCCUUGGCCGUGGACAUCAAAAGCAACAUGGCCUUGGCCACGGGCAUCAACAGAAACUUGACUAUGAUCUCGAACACCAUGGUAAACAUGGCGUUGGCCAUGGACAUCAAAAGGGACAUGGCCUAGCCCAUGGACAUAAACAUGCGCGUGGUCAUGGCCAUGGAAAACAUAAAAAUAAAACAAAAAACAAUGGAAAGCACAAUGGUGGGAAAACAGAGCAUUUGGCAAGUUCUUCUGAAGAUAGUACUACCUCUUCUGCACAGACACAAGAGAAGACAGAAGGGCCAACACCCCUCCCUUCCCUAGCCCAGCCAGGGGUAGCAGUUACCUUUCCGGACUUUCAGGACUUAGAUCUCCUUGCUCCUCUGAUGCCUCAUACACUACCAGCUCCUACAGAGAGUGAUGAUGAUUGGAUCCCUGACAUCCAGAUAGAGCCAAAUAGCCUUUCAUUUAACCUCAUAUCUGAUUUUCCAGAAACAACAUCCCCAAAAUGUCCUGGACGCCCCUGGAAGCCAGUUGAUAGAAUGAAUCCAACUGUGGAAGUGAAAGAAUUUGAUGAUUUCAGUCUCUCUGAUGCUCUUUCUUAAUUUAUGCAGCCAUAGCUUUUUCUUUAACACUUCAUCAUCUCUUCUCCACACUGUCCAAAUAUCCUGCUAUGAUGCACCAAAAAGCAUGAAGCUUCAGAGCAGCCUGGAGAGAAGUGGUCAGACUCCCAGUGGGGACAUGAUCAAUCUCCACAGACAAAUUAAAACUGUGUGCAGAAUUCUAAAUCCUUUAUGAGUCUUCCUCACAAAUUUUCUUAACUAUCACAGAAAAUAGACAAACCAGUGUGUCUUAUGGCCUACUGCAAUUUGCUUUUCUAGUAAUGAAUGUGUACCUUAAUAACGUACGUCAUCGAUUUUCAUACAAAGAUUCUUGACAAUGUGAAUAAACUAUGACACCUGGUCCCGGACCACAUGUGAAAAUAAGGGAAAUUAAGAGACUGAAUGCUGAAAUUCUUAACAGGGGGAAAAAAUAAUAAAACCUCUAGAGGUUAAAGAGAGACCAUAAGAAAGAAAGACACAUUGGCCAAAGGGAGGAGAGGAAGAAGUCAAUUAACUUUCUGUUUCCAAAGGGGGUUAGUUACAUCAAAUAGUUACUCCCAUUUGACAACGCUAUUCUGAUAAUUCUCUUUCUGGGUGAGUGUUUCUUGUAAAUCAAUAAUUUCUGUUUACUCAUUAACCGCUCUUUGCAACAAGGCUUUCAAACAGGAGUUUUCUGUUUGUUUAUUUGUUGCUGAGGCUAGAUUGAGUAAUCCUUAGUUUUCAGCAGCCCUGAGUUUAACGAUAAUGAUGCAAAGCAGAGGAAGUAAUAUAAAGGCAGGCUUGUGAAGGACACCUUUUUUUUAAUCGACAAGGGAAUAUCACAAGAUAUGAUACAAAUUUUGUUCAGAAAUUUUAUAAAGAGAUUCCUCUCUAGUCUCACUUUAUAACCAUGUCAUCUUUUUGCUACGACAUUGAAGAACAUUGAUUUUUGCAAAAGAGAAUAAGAUGACUAUCUUUAAUUGCCUUAAAAUGUGAGGGAGGCAUACAUUUUAACCCUGGCUGUGCUUUGCCUAGCGAAACAGAUAGGGCUUUGGACAGCCGCACUAUCUUGUGGAUGCACGUGUCACUGCUCUUUCAAUUUUUCCAAUGCUUUUAAGCCUCUGAGUUUUUAUUUCACUUCAAGUAUUAUAUGUACUUUUCAAUAAAUAAUCAAUGAUGUCAGGAAAAA